AUGAAGAUCAAGGAUGAAGCGUAUGAGAAACUGAAAGUGCUGGAGAAGGUCAAGGAAAAGAUAUACCAAGCAAGAGCCGGUGUCAUAAAGCGAGAUCGGAAGCGUCGUCUACGCGAUGAGGGUAUUACAGAAGAACAUGAAUCGGAAAACGAUGCUACGGCGGAUAACACAGCUCCUGAAGAAUAUGUUUCCGAUGAUGAAGCCGAAGCGAAGCCUGAAGAACCUCUAAAGGUUGUCAAAGUGUUCUACGCGUCACGCACUCAUUCUCAACUGGAGCAAUUAGUAGAUGAACUGAAAAAGACCAGAUUUUCUCCACGAAUAGUGACAGCUGCAUCACGUCAGACAUUGUGCGUGAACGAAAAUGUCACAAGACUCAAGUUCAGCCAUCUCAUAAACGAAAGAUGCAUGGAACUCCGGAAAGGGUGCGCUUUAGAAGGAAAAAGAGUAAAGUUAGACAGCAAAGAGAAAACAUCCUGUGUGAAGAAGACAGCGAGCAAGUGUCCCUAUUAUAAAAGCGACGCAAUCGAAGAACUAUCAAAUGAGGUACUAGCAGGCACUGUCUCUAGGACAAAUGAGGUGGUUGAUCGAGGAAAAGAUUUGAUCGCCUGCCCUUACUUUUCCACACGACUGUCUCUACCGCUGUGCCAACUGGUUUUGCUCCCUUAUCAGGUCGUACUUCAUGCGUCAACGCGAGCAGCUUGGGGAAUCGACUUGAAGGGAAAUGUGUUGGUCCUCGACGAAGCGCAUAAUGGUCCUUGUACUCUACAGAGGUCACUUCUGUCUCCACGACGCUGGCGCUGCUCUCUGAUAAGGGAAUAUCUGGAUACUUAUAAAUCUCGACUGAAAUCAAAGAACCUAUUAUAUAUGAAACAGUUGUUGGCAGUUGUGGCAGCUCUUGACCAGUACUUACGGAAGAAUUUGGACACUCCAAACAAAGUGCUAACAAUUCAAGGUCUUGUCAUAGCGGAUCCGGCAUUAUUCCUCUCAAAUGUGUGUUUCAGUUUGGGAUUGACUGAGGUAAAUCUCUUCAAGAUCGUGCACUAUAUGGACUCGACAGAUAUGUGCAGAAAAUUCCACGGAUUUUUCAUUCGCUCGAUGAAAUCCCGUGUUUCUGUCUCGCAAGCGUCUACUGCUAAGAGCGGAAUCGCCAAGUUAAUGGCUGCUAAGUCAGAAAAUGUAGAUCCUGCACCAGUGGCAGAUGAUAAAGCCAGAUCCUAUCCAUCACCAUUAUUCACCAUAAAGGGAUUCCUGGAGGCUCUCAGCAACAGAUGUGAGGAUGGGAGGAUUAUUGUCGAGACAAAAGGAAAUGCUGCUAAAUUCCGUUUCAUUCUUCUGAAUCCAGCAUCUCGGCUGAUGGAGGUAGUCAAAGAGGCACGAGCGACGAUUCUCAUUGGAGGGACAAUGGAGCCUGCUGGCUUACUGGUUGAUUGCUUGUCUCGUGGUGGAGUCGGAAAUGGAAUAAGACGCUUUACUUGUUCACACGUAAUAGACGACCAUCAACUGCUAGCUCUUGCCAUAGGACAACAUGUACAUAACGAGAAGUUCACUUUGACUUUUGAAACUCGCUGGAACGUUCAAUGUGUGAGUCUAUAA